AUGGCUUACGGUAGAAAGUUAUUACAAAUAUCGAGGAAUUGUGCUCGAUGGGCACCCGUUCAAAAGGCACCAACCACUAUAUCGCCGAAAUUUUUAUCUGAAUUCCAAAGUUUCUAUCCCAAACUCAUCGACACAACGAUUGCUCGUAACAAAUAUCUUAACGAAUCAAUUGUGAAGGACCGAAUUAAAAAGAUUUCAGAAUACCAUCCCUUAAAUAAAAUACCAGUACAAGGAGAGUUCCUGCUAUAUAUUUACGAGUUAAUGGAAAAACCAGAGAAUAUAAACGAGAAAAUGUUGCAUCAAGCUUACUCAGUAGCUUGUUUGAUAGAAACGAUUCAAGCAUACUUCAUAAUUCAGGAUGACGUUUUGGAUAGAGCAAAGAUGCGAUGCAAUUUACCGUGUUGGCAUUUACUUCCUGACGUAAACCCUAUAUGCAUAACCGACCUUAAUUUACUUCGACACUUUGCGAAUGAAAUUUUAAGGCAAAAUGUAGAUGAAUCCAUUUACAACAAAUUGUAUGACGUUUGCAAUGAGAUGUAUUUGCAAUUAGAAAUAUCACAACAAAGGGAUUAUGAAAUUCAAAGGUCAAGAGACUACUCAAAGUUCACAAUGGAUGACUAUAACCUUACACAAACUUUCAAGGCGUCGUACUACUGUAUUACUUCAGUGGUACAUAUGGCCCUGGUAUUAAGUAACAAAGCUACUCAGGAGUCGUUCCAGCUCGCAGAAGAUUUAUGUACUGAUAUGGGAGUAGUCUUUCAGCUUAAUAACGAUUAUUCCGAUUAUGUUGACACUGAUGGAUCAAUAUCGGGUAAAUCGAGUACUGACAUCCCCCUUGGAAAAUGUUCGUUUUUUGCAAUUGCAGCGCUUAAGCAUGGUAACACAGAACAACGCAAAAUAUUUGAAGAAAACUACGGAAGCUGGGACCCAGAAUGUAUCAAGCGCAUUCGAAAAUUAUACAACGAACUUAAUUUAACAAAACUUUACAAAGAAGAAAUGCAGUCUCGAUAUAACACGUAUUUGCAGAAGGUUAAUGCACUUCCUGAAGACGCUACGCCAUCUCCCGACGUCUUUCUUAAAAUUUUAGAUUUUUAUCGAAGUUACGCCGAUGAUACAUCACGAUAUUAUUAUAUUUAA